GCAGUUAGUCUCAAGCAAACCGUUAUUACAUGGAAACGUGCCCUGAGUUACUGGAAGGACAGGAAUAUUCCCACUCCGAGACCGAUACCAAUAUUUGGCAACUUUUUGAGCAAUUUUUUGAAACCUAAACCCUAUGUAGAGUUAGAGUGGUAUAAGAACAAUGGUCGAUUAUUCGGUGUGUACAUGGGUAAUAAACCUGGUCUCACGGUGGCUGAGCCGGAGCAUGUCAAGCAAAUUCUGGUCAAGGACUUUCAUAAAUUCAGAAAUAGACGUGACCAGGGUGGUCGACACCCUGUAUUCUCGAAAAACAUGUUCAACGCCAGGGAUGACGACUGGAAGCGGGUCCGGGCGAUAGCCAGCCCUACCUUCACGUCCGGCAAAAUGAGGAAAAUGUAUCCUCUGAUCAACGUUUGCUGCAAAGACUUCAUCAAUAAUUUGGACAAAUUAGCCGCAAAUAAGAGCGAAGUCGAGUUGAAGCAACUGAUGGGCGCCUACACCAUGGAUGUGAUCGCCAGCUGCGCCUUCGCUACCAAAACCAAUACAUACGCCGAUCCUAACAACCCGUUCACCACCAGAGCUCAUAAUAUCUUUCACGGACCCCUCUGGAAGAUGAUAUUAAUGGUAUCGUUGCCUACAUUUAUCGCCAGAAUACAGUUCGUCCGCAGACUCAUCAUGGGUUCAACGAAUUCGGACUUUUUUGUCGACUUCUCCCGAAGUCUAGUACAGCAGCGAAAGAAAAAUAAUGAAAAACACAACGAUUUUCUGCAGUUAUUAAUGGAUGUCGAGAGAAUACAGCAGCGAAAGAAAAAUAAUGAAAAACACAACGAUUUUCUGCAGUUAUUAAUGGAUGUCGAGAGAAGUGAUGGCGAUAUCCGAGAGGCCAGUGAUGCCAAUGAAGCACAUCAUGUGAAUGAGGGUAAGGAUGAGAUGGAAGCCGACGCCGAAGCUCUCAGUGAUGUCGUCGAGAAGAAGUUGACAGAGAAUGAGAUAUUAGCGCAAUGUUUCCUCUUCUUCAUCGCCGGUUACGAGACAACUGCCACUACUUUGUCGUACUGUACGUAUGAAUUGGCACUCAAUCCUACACUUCAGGACAGACUCUAUGAGGAAACGAAACCUGCAUUCAAUGAAAAGGGAGAAAUAGAUUACGAAGUCCUAUCGAAACUGCCAUUCAUUGACGCACUCCUAUCAGAAACUCUUCGCAAUUAUCCGCCAUUACUUCGACUCGAGAGGGAAGCCAUGGAAGACGUAACUCUGGGCGACACUGGAGUGAAGAUCGAGAAGGGAUUGUUUGUCGAAAUCCCUGUGUAUGCCAUACAUCACGACCCCGAGUACUAUCCGAAUCCAUUCACAUUCAACCCUGAUAGGUUUAUGCCGGAAAACCGGGAAAACAUCAAACCGUAUACUUAUAUCCCUUUCGGUUCGGGUCCACGAAAUUGCAUUGGAAUGAGAUUUGCAUUAUUGGAGGCAAAGCUAGCCUUAGCUAAGAUCUCACAGCAGUUCCGGUUCUCAAGAGUGGCCAACACUGACGUCCCCGUUGUCUUCAAUAAGGGACGCUUCCUAUUGCAGGCCAAACGGCUUGUGGUGGGGGUUGAGAGACGG